GGGGUGGAUGCACUGUAAGACAUACGACAGUGGCAGGAGGUACUGGGACACUGUUCAAACACUUUCUUUUUCCCCUGGAGGACGGACUCUUCAGUCUGCAAGCAUCCCUAUGGGUUUUGGCACUGUAAAGAUGUCUGGGAACCAAAGCAACACAAAUGAAAGCCAUUGUAUCAUUGAUCACACUAGCUUGAUCUUCACUCUGUUUCCAGUCUACAUCCUGAUCAUCAGUGUGCUUGGAAUUGUCUUUAAUGUGUUUGUGCUGAUGGUUUUCUGUCUCCACAAGAAGGCCUGCACGGUGGCUGAGAUCUACUUGAGCAGCCUGGCUGGUGCUGACCUUGCUCUGGUGUGCUUUUUGCCCUUCUGGGCUGAAUAUGUAAGAAAUGGCUAUGACUGGCUUUUCAGUGAAAGUCUGUGCAAGCUUGUAGCAGCUGUUAUCAGUAUGAAUGCAUUCUGCAGCAUCUACUUCCUUGUUCUGAUUAGCAUCGACCGUUAUGUGGCACUGGUGCACCCGCUUUCCCAUGAGAGGAUGCGCAGUCCAUUUUAUGCCAAACUGGGAUGUCUGUUGGUGUGGAGUCUUGGCUUGGUCUUUGCUCUCCCUGCAUUAAUCUACAGGAAGUUAAAAUUUGAGCCUCAGUCAAAUGUUACUGUAUGUGACACUGACUACUCAUACAGUCAACAUCUGGUGUCUGAGGUGAUGACCAUAAUACUCAGCUUCAUUGUCCCUGUUUCCAUUAUUUCCUUCUGCACUGUUAGAAUUAUCCAUGCACUGAGAAACAGGCUAACAAGAGGUUCAAACACUGAGAGAAAGGAGCAGAAGGCCACCAAUCUUAUCCUGGCAGUUCUCCUGGCAUUCCUGAUCUGCUGGGUGCCAUUCCACGUGACCAAGAUACUGGAUGUGCUCGAAUACGUUCACAUUCUGAGAUGUCACAUCAUAAUGCUCAUAAACCAGCAGGUCUCUGUAUAUUUAGCGUUCUUCAACAGCGUCCUUAAUCCCAUUCUCUACAUCAUUGUUGGGAAAAACUUCCAGAAAAGAGCAAAGGAACUCUGUACGCAAUGGGGCAAUAAGAGAUCGGCAUCUUUCACCCGGCUAUCCACACACACACGACUGACAAGUAUCAAAUUUGAGAAUAGCUCAAAGUGAAGUGCAGGAUUGCAAUCUUUUGACUUCAGAUGUGAGCUGUGAUGAUUUUAUACAGUGAAAUGGGCACUUAUUUACUCAGGCAUGUAUAACAAAUAUUGUUGGUGUAAUCUGAAUGUAUAUUUGUGUUUAAUGUGGUGUAUGUAUCACUGUUUCUACAAAAAGCAUAGAAACCGGUGGAAAGAAAGCCCAACAGGAAAUGGAAGUUAUUUUUAUUGUCUUGCAUUUUGCUCCAAGAGAAACUAACAUAGAAGUCACGAGCAGGAGAACUCAUGCUGUCAAACUUGUUUGUCUUUUUCAGCAGAGCAUGCUCUCAUAUUUGCUUAGAUGUUAUGUUAACAUCUAACACUUUAUAUAAGGCCAUAUUUUAGCAUUCUUUCUUUUUAAUGUCAGAUAAUGUCAAUGGAAAGCAAGGGUGUGGUUGUUUUUAAAGCCACUGAUACAGUAUGUGUCUUUCUCUUGACAUCCUGUUCACAUUUGUAACAUGACGGGAUGUGAGACUCAGAUUUCCGACUUGGCCUUUCUGCUGCUCAUGCCCUAAUUGUUGUUUAUUAGACAUUAUUUCACUGUUAAUGCAAUAAUAACACUGCUGCAUAAUUGAAUAGCAUUACCACAUUUAUUUCAUGUAUGAUGGACACAAGCUAAGAUAACAGAAGGAAUAUACAAAAGAGAUCAAGCAGUUUAACAGUGUUUACACUAUUAACACAACAUUUUAAUGGUUAGAUGUUCCACGCUGGAUGUGUACAUGUGUGGCCAUGCACUUGAAUUUCGACUGUGGUUUUACUGCUACCAACUUUGAAUAUUUUGUGAAGAUCGUUAAAAAAAAAAACCCUCUGUUGUAAAUUGAUGCUUUUUUUUUAACUUGUUUUUUGUUACAUUGUAAAAUGUCCUUUAUCUAUUCCCGUGACCCCAUGAAGACAUAACUUUAACUUGACAACAUGGAAGAAAGACUGUAGAUAUUUGCAAGGCUGUAAAAAUUUGAUGCUUUAAAUAGAUAUAUAUGUCACUGUUACUAACAGUCUCUUUGUGUUAAGUGUGAAACUUUUUAUAAUGAUCUUAAUCUAACAGUCACCGUAAAUACAAAUUUCAAUGUUAUUCAUUUGUUGGCAUUAAUAAAUA